UAGUCUGAGACGCCCGCUUGAGGACACCGGCCGCUGGAGCUCUCUCUUCGAUCAUCAAAGAUGCUUGCGCAUUACGUGCGAGUCGUUCUCAGUUCAUUUGAAUUCAUCUAAUUGGAUCGUUCGUCGGAUACUUAUGAUGAUUUAAACCUGUUCUAUGGAUGAUGCUGGGUUAUCUGGUGUUCGGCUUAUCUAUGCACGGAGGGCGGAGUACGGGGCCCUGUCUGACGCCAAAUUGAAUCGGAGAGGUGGAUGCCAAGGUGAAUUAUCGAAAGAGUGUGCUGAACAGGGUAGGACGGGCCAGCGAAAAAGAUACUGUUUACAUGGCAAAGUCAUGCCGUCAGAAAAUCACACAGAAGUCCCUCAAGACACGAUGGAAGGCGUGGCUCGUGAAGAACCGGCGGCGCAUUGUUAUCUUUCUAUCGUUCGUGGUGCUUCUGCUCGUAAGUGCCUGGUGUGUCUUAGAACUCAUGGAGGUUUCGAGAACGGAUGAGGCGGUCCGGACGUUCCUGCACAAGGUGGCAUGUGAUGACUGUUUCCCACUUGAUCUCAAGCAGGUUCAUGAGACCAAGGAUCGUGAUUCUGUGUGCAAUUUUGGACCGAAGGAAGCCGGAGUUGUUUUAUUGAUCUUCAGUAAGUCGUUGAAUCAUUUACAACGACAUCUGAUCAGACACACGUGGGGUGGGAGCGUGAAUCCAUACUAUCAUCACAUCAGGAUAUUCUUUUUAUUCGGGCAUGUACACGGUGUGGCAUCGCGGCGGAUUCUAAAACAGGAAUACGAGAAACAUCGUGAUAUUGUGAUCGGAGAUUUCAGAGAUUCUUACGGGAAUCUUACGCUGAAGGCUAUAUACGGGUUUAGCUGGGUGUUGAAGAACUGUCCCGAUGCGCGAUACGUUAUGAAGACUGAUGAUGACGUAAUCAUCAAUGUUCCAAACCUCCUCUUAACUAUCGAACAAAAUGACCUCACUGGGACGAUUGCUGGGGACUGUCUCGGCCCGGUGGAACCAGUCAGGCGAAAGUCCUCGAAGUGGUAUGCGGACCACGAAACGUACCCGCUUUCAAACUACCCUAUGUUCUGCUCUGGGACUGGCUACAUCAUGCCAAAGAAAGUUGUCCAAGAUAUUGUUACAAUCUCUAAGACCAUUCCGUUUUUCCACUUAGAUGAUAUCUAUAUCGCUUUUUGUAUAACUAGACUCGGCUAUAAGAGAAAAUCCCUUUUCCCUUUUCACAGAUAUCGUAAAUUACCCAUCUUAGAAGUAGAUUACUAUUGCUCUUGUGUUGCGACAAGCCACGAACUCUCAUCGAAGGAAAUUCUGGGUCUCUGGCGAGAGAGCAAUAACCUGAAUGUCGGCUAAAGUCUCACUUGUAUUGUGAGACGUAUACCUUCAGGAACUACAUCAUCCCUGCACUAAUUGUCGUAACAAUUCUAAUUAUCAUUUCACUUCUUCUAAUCAUCAAGUAUAAGCCAAGAUGGGCAAUUUUAAGGAAGUAUAGGUCAUAAUCGGAACUAUCUAUGCAUUUUAUUGGAAUUAUACGGAAUGUCAAUACAGGUAACAGUAAAGGGAGUUGGAAUGUUUUUGUAAAUUAUAUGAACAACUCAAUGGUAUUAGCCUUUCAGUCAAUGAAGUGUUUUCCUCGACAAUCAAUAUGCAGUUCAGUAGUUUAUGAAAUCAAUUUUUUAAUUUUUCUUCAAUAAAGUGAGGUACAUCGCAAUGUUAUCAUGAUGAGAGAGCCUUAUCUCAGCAGAAAUUAAGCCGGUGAACAUUUGCCCGGGGCCGUUUCAUUUAAUUCAUCACUGGAUUCCCGGACUGAGCGGACUAGAAACUGAACCAGUUGGCCCAUAAUACGGUAACUGUUAGUCGAAUUUUUUAGGUGGUGUAUACCUAAGCUCACCUUCACAACAUGUCUAUUAAGCUUAUACAAUGCCAUUAUAAACAUUUUCAUGAUAUUUAUCAAAACACUUUGACUAAGUUUGCAUUAUUUUGUUAAAUUGGCGAUAAGUUGCCAGCGCUAUAAUCAUUAGAUAUAUCGAUCGUCUGCCAGGGAGGAAUUAUUACAGGGUGUGAUGUGUGAUCUGUUAGCAAGAAUCUGAAGCACACUCCCAAGGCUGUGGCAAUGUUCUAACGCAUCCACGAUUUUCCUCAUUGAUACGUAGAGGAAAAUCUAUGAUAGAGGUUAAUCAUGGGUACGUAGCAGCAAG